UCAGCAUGGGCCUCAACCAACGUCUUCCUUUACAGCCAAUCAGUUACGCGUACGGAUCGAACGUCACUAUACGUAAUUAAUAUUCAUAAGUUGUACAAUCACACACGGAACUGUGGAAAACAACCGAGCGGUGAGAAAAGUGAAUGAAAAACCGUCUCAUAUACAUCAUCUGAAAGUUUUGAUGGCAUCUGCAGAGUAAAUGAAGUGAGGUGCUGAAGAGAUUUAUCAUCAUCUGUCAUCUGAAACAGAAUGGAGAACUCAUCAACCAGAGAUGAAUACAAGAUCCAAUCAUUUGAUAUGGAGACGCAGGCGCUCCUCAAAACCGCUCUGAAUGAUCCAGGGUCAGUUGAUCUGGAUAAAGUAUCCAGUGUUAUAGUCGAGCAGUCUCUGAAGGACCAGGCCUUUAGCAAAGAGGCUGGACGAAUCUGUUACACUAUAGUCCAGACAGAAGCCAAACAGAGCAAUAAGUGUGUGUUUCGCCGUCAGCUGUUAAACCGACUUCAGCAGGAGUUUAAUGCCCGAGAGGAGAUAAGGAGGAGAUCCACUCAGGAGUGGGUUUGUCUUGUGUCCUUCAUCUGCAACAUCUUUGAUUACCUCAAGGUGAAUAACACGCCCAUGGUGCCGCUGGUUCAGCCUGUGUAUGACUGUUUGUUCAGAAUGGCACAGCCUGAUGCUCUGAAGAACGAGGAGGAGAUGGACUGUCUGGUAUUACAGUUACAUCGUAUCGGAGAUCAGCUGGAGAAGAUGGAUAUGCAGCGCAUGGAUGAGUUGUUUUAUCUUCUGAGGGACGGGUUUCUCCUGCAGGACGAUCUGAGCUCAAUGGGUCGACUGCUCCUGCUGGAGAUCUUGGAGUUUCGUGCGGGAGGCUGGACCCUCAGUGACACCGCUCAGAAAUAUUACUACAGUGAAGUGACAGACUGACACCUCCACCAAAAUUCAAGGAAACAAUGGAGGAAAAACACUGGAGGCUUUAUGUUUUAAGGAAGGCUUUGAGAUUUACUAGGUAUGUGGGUUGACAAUAGAGGAUUUAACCAAGGUUAGGGUGUUCAGGUGUGUUUCUGGUGUUCUGUAGUUUUGAUAUGGUAAGUAGUAAGAUGGCUCACUUUCUCCGUAAACAUUCCUGUGGUCUGUAAUAAUGUUACAGAUCCCAACAUUCCCAAAACAAAGAAUUAGUGUGUGCUGUAAUGCCGUUCAUUUAGGGUUAAGCAACACUUUUCUGAAAAUUGUUGAACCACAUCUGUUUUCUGUGAAAAAUAAUCAUUUGUAGCCAAAGUUAGGCAGCUUUUUUCAGGAAAUAAAUAAGUUUUUUGUGAA